AGACAAAGACAAAGACAAAGACAAAGACAAAGACAAAGACAAAGACAAAGACAAAGACAAAGACAAAGACAAAGACAAAGACAAAGACAAAGACAAAGACAAAGACAAAGACAAAGACAAAGACAAAGACAAAGACAAAGACGACAAAGACAACGACAAAGACAACGACAAAGACAAAGACAAAGACAAAGACAAAGACAAAGACAAAGACAAAGACAAAGACAAAGACAAAGACAAAGACAAAGACAAAGACAAAGACAA